GCCCUAGGUGGGCGUGGCCGAGCCGGUCCCGGCGGCCAUGUUGAGGCCCCGCCCUCCCCUUCCGGCCGCCUCUUCUGUCCCCAGCGCCACCCCUGCCGCCGCUGUAGGAUCACCUGCCUUGCUGCAGACAAAGAAAAACAAGUAGCAAUUGAACCGGAAAAGAAUGGCAUUGAAACAGAUUUCCAGCAACAAGUGCUUUGGGGGAUUGCAGAAAGUGUUUGAACAUGACAGUGUUGAGCUGAACUGCAAAAUGAAAUUUGCUAUCUACUUACCACCAAAAGCAGAAAGUGGAAAGUGCCCUGCACUAUAUUGGUUGUCUGGUUUAACUUGCACAGAACAGAAUUUUAUAUCAAAAUCUGGUUAUCAUCAAGCUGCCUCAGAACAUGGCCUUAUUGUCAUUGCUCCAGAUACCAGCCCUCGUGGCUGUAAUAUUAAAGGAGAAGAUGAGAGCUGGGAUUUUGGCACUGGUGCAGGGUUUUAUGUGAAUGCCACUGAAGAUCCUUGGAAGACUAACUACAGAAUGUACUCUUAUGUAACAGAGGAGCUUCCCCAACUCAUAAAUGCCAGUUUUCCAGUGGACCCCCAAAGGAUGUCUAUUUUUGGCCACUCUAUGGGAGGUCAUGGAGCUCUGAUUUGUGCUUUGAAAAAUCCUGGAAAAUACAAAUCUGUGUCAGCAUUUGCUCCAAUUUGCAACCCAGUGCUCUGUCCUUGGGGCAAAAAGGCCUUUAGCGGAUAUUUGGGAACAGAUCAAAAUAAAUGGAAGACAUAUGAUGCAACACAUCUUGUGGAGUCCUAUCCAGAUUCUCAGCUGGACAUACUAAUUGAUCAAGGGAAAGAUGACCAGUUUCUUCUAGAUGGACAACUACUCCCUGAUAAUUUUAUUUCUGCCUGUGCAGAAAAGAAAAUCCCUGUUGUUUUUAGAUUACAGGAGGGUUAUGAUCAUAGCUACUACUUUAUUGCAACCUUUAUUGCUGAUCACAUCAGACAUCAUGCAAAAUACCUGAAUGCAUGAAAAACUUCUGACAAGAGAAUCUCUUCAAGAUUAUAAAAAUUAUAGAAUUGAUGAGGGAAAAUAUCUCAAAACAUUGGAUUUCUUAAUGCUAAAAGAACUUCAUUGUACUAUUGAAUCACCUGAAUAAAUAUAUAAAAUUCA